AUGGCCAUCAUCGACAACAUCAAGGACGCAGUCACGAGAUUUAUCCCGCAGAAACGGGAAUCACUGCCUGAGCCAGGUUCUGCGGGCCAUGGUAUGCAUCGUGGUGAAGACCUUAUACUCUCAAAGACGUUUAUUGUUGCGAGCAGUUUCCAGAUCUUCCUCUCGUUUAUCGCAAUGUGCUGCUUUGCGGGCGUUGCCAGCUUCCAAGCAAAACACAAAGUCGGACCUUCAUUCCUCUCCAUCCUCGCCAUCUUCGAUUCAUUGGUCCUCUUCUUUUUGGCAGCCUUUUUGCUUGCAGUUCCUGUGAUCUAUGAUCGAUAUGAUCGACUAGCUGGUCUAUUCCGAGCUCUGAGAGUAACGCGAGUUGCCUUGAUCUGCAACGGGAUUGGUAUCUUUUUCUCCUUGAUCACGGCCUUUGUCACGACCAUUUCUGUAUUCACCCAGCCGGGAUGCAAAGAUCCCAAGAAAGAUCCCAGUGCAAAAUCUGCUGGCAAGGCAUUUGUUGCGGGUUUGCCAGAUUGGUGUCAAACAAAGCGCGCAGGAGCCAUCUUCUUUUGGCUCACUCUACUUGCAUGGCUGGUAACCACAUACCUCGCCUUCCAGGAGUGGCGUACUGGAAAGACCGUAUACCGACCAGAGGAUCCUCCAUUUAAACUCCCCCCUCAACCUGUCCAACCACACGAUGAGGAUGAUACGGACCCAUACUCUGCACCACCACGACGACAGCGUACCGAAGAAGAGGACGAAUUACACGACAGUCGAAGCCCAUUCGGAGAUAAUCGAUACGCUGGCUAUAAUAGUCCUGCUGGGCGACCAUCUAUGGAUGCCUAUGGCGCAUUUAGUGAUCCCAACCCCAGUGGAUAUGGCCAUUCUCAGUAUGACCAACCUGCCGUUUCGCGAACAAUGCAAUACGCGGACCCAUAUGCUGCAGUCCGACAGAGUAUCCAUGGUGGAGCUAGCAGUCCAGCCCCUGGAAUACCGCAAGCUGCUCCCUAUAGUGGUGGUUAUCAGCGCUAA